GGGUACUCUGCUGUUUACCCUUCGGGACCAACACCACCACCGCCGUUGCCUGCGAUUCUCCCAUCUUACCUCCUUCUUUCAUGGCAUUCAUUAACCCUACUAGGAAACCCCUAAAGGAGCAGUCAGGUAUAAAUCCGGGAAAGAGACGAAAAAAAUCGAAAAAAAUAAAAAAAUGAGUUAAGCUUACCGAAAAAUAGCUCAUCUAUCUGGCAACAUUUUGGUGUAUGUCUCGUCUCUGUACGAUAAUUAGGUAAAGAGUUAUCGUAAUUAUAGUAACUGGGGUAAUUACGUCAUUAUCGUGACUCACGCAUACCUGUAGCUCGCUUAUUGUAAUUUUCUUGUCAUUUUUAGCUUUUUUCCGUAAUUUUUUCUUAUGUUUUUGUGCCAAAUGCUUCAAAUUACUCAUUGGUAACUCUCAUGGUGGCUGUAGCAAGGAGCUCCACUCCCCACAACAACCUCAGUGCCGACCAAGGGUCAAUUGGAAGAAGGUUUAUGCUCCUUUGAUUGACCGCGCCGCUCCCCAAGUCUCGUAUUUUUGCCGUCAAUUCUUUACAUUUCUGCUGCACAAUGCCUCGCAAGAAGACUAUUCACUCUUUGAACAUGAGCAAGAAGUUGAGAAAGAGGAUGCAGAAUGUGCGAAAAGGACAAAUAAAGAAAGCAGCAGCAGCAACACGUGACACCGCGACACCACUACUGCCCUCUGACUCCUCAGAAAAUGAAGAUUUCUUGUCAGCUGGGGAACUUAUAGAUACUUCUCCAGUGAAGGCAUGUACUAAGGAAGCCAAGGGAAGAAGGAAGAUUGUGGCCAGGAAGUCCCGGGCCACACCAGAUGUGGCCAGGAAGUCCCGGGCCACACCAGAUGUGGCCAGCACGUCCCAGGCCACAGCAGAUGUGGCCAGCACGUCCCAGGCCACACCAGAUGUGGCCAGCACGUCCCAGGCUACAGCAGAUGUGGCCAGCACGUCCCAGGCCACACCAGAUGUGGCCAGCACGUCCCAGGCCACACCAGAUGUGGCCACUUCAAGUCACGGACCUACCACAUCGAGAAAGCGCAAACGAAGUGACAUAUCUGUGGCCACCACCACCACUGUGGCCACCACCACCACUGUGGCCACAACCACCACUGUGGCCACAUUGUGCAAGCGUACACCUAUAUAUACAUCUGUCAUUACCACACCUACAGUUACGUAUGUGAGGACCUCCCCACGUAUGACUGUAUCUGCUCUGACGACUCCAGAUGUGGCCACUGCAGAUGUGGCCACUGCAGAGGUGGCUACUGCAGAUGUGGCCGCCCCACAUGUGGCCACCCAACAUGUGGCCACUGCUGAUGUGGCCACCCCACAUGUAGCCACCCCAGUUGUGCCUAGCUCAGCUGUCGCCAGCACGUCGACAGCUGCUGACGCGAGUGCCAGUGCGAGUGCCAGUGAUCGUGUGUCAACAAGAGUUCAUGUGUCAAGUGCCACACGACGAGUGUCCAUGUAUAAAAAGAAAAAUCGUGUUGCUGUUGAUAAGGAAAUGAUAUGUAUGGAAAAGGAUAAUUUUGCUGAAGUUAUAUCAUAUGUUCAUUGUCCCUUUUGUUUUUCUAAUGAGAUCGAAGUUACAUAUUAUAAACAUCACCUAGAAACAUUUGUGAGUAUGUCGUGUAUAGACUGUAAGCUAAUUUUUAUUGAAAAGCCAUAUGGUAUACGUAAGAAGCUGAAUGUUUUGACGGGUAGGAUGGUUUAUGCUGAAAUGGUGGUUGGUGGUGGCUACUCGUCAUUUUCUCGGAGAAAUGCGUUGUGUAACCUACCUAGUCUGGGUAUAGAAACAUUCAGCAGAUAUACAAGCAUGAUAACAAGGGCAUCCAUUGAGUCUUGCAGGAAAAUCCUUGAUGAAACAAGGAUAGUCAUUGGUGAGGAAUAUGCCAAAUGUGGGUUUUUACCAGACGCACGUGGUGUUCUUGACAUUGACGUGACGUAUGACGGCUCCUGGCACACGAGGGGCCAUCAUUCUAAUUUUGGCGUUGGUGUGGCCAUUGAUGCCUUGACAAAGCUAGCAGUGGAUUAUCAAGUUUUGUGUAAACACUGUUUUGUUUGUAGCAGUCUCGAAGGUCGUUUGCAGAAGAAAAGACUUACUAUGGAAAAAUAUGAAGAGUUGAAACAAAGCCAUGAAAGUAGAUGUAACAAAAACUUUUCAGGCUCCUCCGGCAAGAUGGAAGUUGAAGCUGCACUGAUUAUCUGGCAGAGAUCACAGAAAAUGAAGUUGAGGUACAAAACAAUCAUAUCUGAUGGUGACAGUGCAACUUACAAAGGAAUUGUUGAGCUCAAUGAUGGUGCUGGUCCUUAUGAAGGCAUACAAGUUGCAAAAGAAGAGUGCAUCAACCAUUAUGCAAAGCGACUAAAGAACAGAUUGACAGCCUUGGUAAAACUGCACUACACAGAGAAACAACUGAGAACAGGAAAAAAGAGAAAGCAGUAUCACAUGAAGAAAGGGAUGUUGAAUGACUUCAUGAUUGACAAGCUUGCCCAGUAUUUUCAGAAAAACCUACGGGAAAAUUGUGGAACUGACGUUGAAACAAUGAGGAAUGGCAUACUUUCAAGUUUCUUUCACUGUUCCUCCACUGAUGACAACCCACAACACCAGCUUUGUCCACCUGGUUCUGCUUCAUGGUGUUUUUACAAGAAGGCACUGGCAGACAACUUACCACCACCAUCCCACACAACUAUGAAAGUGCAGUUUCAGCUAGAACCUGACUACUUCAAGAGGGUGCAUGAUAUCUAUAAGGACCUCACCAAAGAUGAAAUGAUGGAAAGAUGCAUACAGGGACGAACACAAAACCCUAACGAAAGCCUUCACAAAAGAAUAUGGACCUACUGCAACAAAGCUUUGUUUAGAAACAAGUGGCAAGUCGAUUUCGCCACCAGCAACGCCAUAGCAGAGUACAACGUAGGAUAUGAAAGAAGUUGCUUAGACAUACUACUUGGCUAUGGCCGUUCAUCAUUGAACCAACAUCACCUGAGGACUAUGGACAAGAAGAUGCAGACUGUCAGAACCAAAGUAUGCAAGAGGAGGAAGAGGGCAGUGGACACCUCCUAUGAGGCUGGAGGCCAUUAGAUGACCCAUGUUCAUACCUACUCUUCGUCAAAGUUUGAUUUGCAUGGACCAUCAUGAUUGGCCAAUCUGCAAGGGACUUCACGAUGGAGGGAUCUGCAUGGAACUUCAGAGAUAUGUUAUAAAUGCUCAUUUCUACUCCUAAUAAACAUAAGAAGGCACAA